GAACAAUUAUAUUACGUGGUCUAUUUAUGUCAUUGCAGUAACUGUAAUGGAAUUGGCAAAUGGAAAAACUUGUCUCAAUGUGAAUGGCUUCGUUUACAAAUUGGAUCACAACGUGAGAAGCGGCCGGCGGUAUCGGUGCACAAGUGAUUGCAAGGCUUAUAUUUACCUAAACUGUGACGGAACCCUGAACAGAGAAGUCCACAAACAUAAUCAUACGCCUCCUACCUAUAGACGAUUGGCUACUGGAAAAUACGUAAAAAUUUAACUAGCAUUAAGAAAAUUAUAAUAAAAAUAAUACAGUUCGUAUUUGUACGAUUUUUUUUAAAAUAAUUGGCAUAUGUCUCUCCUUUUAUAAUAAUUGCUUACCGGUCGCUAUGAAAACGGCACCUCACAACCAGUUACCGAAAAGGUAUUUUUUUUAUUUCUUGGCAACUAGUUCAACAAAACCUAAUUCAAGUGCAAUUCUACCGCGUCGUCUUACGGUGAAAGAGAAGGGGAUGCGAGGGAUCAUCAACAGUCGAUUGAGCAUUGCACUGAUAGCACACAGAAUAUGAAAUAAUGAAAAAAAAACAUUAUCCAUAAAUAUAUUUUUCCAGUCACUGUAAUGGAAUUGGUCAACGGGAAAACAUAUCUCGGCGUUAAUGGCUACACAUACAAGCUGGAUAUCUACAUCGGCAACGGCAGGCGCUACCGGUGCACCACGAGCUGCAAGGCCCACCUUUACCUCAACCACGACGGAACCCUUCAGAGAAUUGUCCACGACCAUAACCAUAAGGCUCCUAACUAUAGAAGAUUAGCUUCUGGAAAAUACCUUAAAGUUUAACUAGCAUCAAGCAAAUAAUUGUAAUAAAAAAAUGAGAUUGGUUUAACCAUCAGUUACGGAAAAGGAUUUUUUAUUCUCUCCUAUUACAAUCAUACAAGCAACGGUUUUGCUCAUCGUGAUACCUAUCUGGCUAUCUUUAUAUUUUAAUGGGAUUAAGAUUUUUUUUCAAAUUAAUCAUAAAUAUGUGUUUUUUCCAGUCACUGUCAUGGAUUUAGGCAACGGGAAAACAUAUGUCAGCGUAAAUGGCUACACAUACAAAUUGGAUACCAACGUGAAAAGCGGCAGGCGAUACCGGUGCACAAAUAACUGCAAGGCCCACAUUUACCUUAAACAUGACGGGACGCUGGAGAAAGAAGUCCACGAACAUUAUCAUAAGCCUCCUCAAUAUACGCUAGCGGCUUCCGGUCUAUAUAUAAAAGUAAAAUUCUUAGCAGGCAUUGGAGGUAAAAACCCUCGUUCUUUGACGACAAACCUGCUCAGAAGAAUAUUGCUUGAUGUCGUAGCCCAGCAGUAUUCUCUGACAGGAAAGAAGAUGAAGAACUCUGACAAGAAAUCAUUUCUUGUCACGGAAACUUGUCAAAUUAUAUUUCUCGGCUUCGGCACAUCCCAGCGCGGCGGCAGACUGCUCAUAGUGCAGGGCUACUCCUACAGCCUGGUGAAGCGGAGCCAGCAGAUGACCCAGUGGCGCUGCACCAUGGUCCAGCCUGGCACCAGCAAGCGGUGCACAGCUAAGGUCUUCACGGACGCCAGCUACGCUGUGAUCGACGCUUGGGGCUCGCACUCGCACGGGAAACCGCGCUUCGUGAAGCGGAACAAUGUGGACCUACCUAUGGACGCGGCGAGGCGGCAAGCAUCCCCUGCUCCUACUGUCAGGAUACACAUACAGUUAUCAGAAGCGCAACGCUGACGGCCGAGUGACGUGGUACUGCUCCAGAAGACUCAAGGGUUGUCGCGCGGGAGCCAUCAGUAUGGGCCCCAAGUGCUACACCCUGAAGGCCCACGACCACCCCCCCUGCGAAAAGCUCCCGAUCUGUGUCACUGAUGUUAAGAAAGAAGUAGACGGUUCUUUCCCACCUUUUUUUUACUGAGUAUUUAACGUUUGUUGAAUCCUUCGUUUUAGGAUAAUUUGGACAAUAGUUUUCAACCUGUAGGAAUCUUUCGAAAUAUUACUACAAGUAUGUAGGUUGGUACUUCUUCUUCUUGGUCUCAAGUUCUUUGAAUAUACUCGCGUGGAAUGAAAUAUCUGUUAGCAGAUAGCAAUGGCAGGUGGAACUGUUUCAUUGCUCGCGAGUGUAAUAAUGUAGGCAUACCUACUAUGCUCUAGUUCUAUAACUAUACAGUCUCGAUUCUCGACUGGACUUAGCUUCUUAUCCUCAAUCCUUCCUUUACUGUUCCUAAACAUACCUGUUUAGUUUAUUAUAAAGUAGGUAUUAUACCUAUUAUAUUUACAGAGUGUUCUAGUAUGUUAAUUUAUUUAAGGUGAUUAUAUAUUAUUUUUUUUGGUAGUGGAUCCCUAAAUAAUCUAGCUAAGCAACAUUUUUCCUUCUAUUUGCAAUAUCAUGGCAGCUAAGUUGUAGAGGCUAAUUGAUCGUAGUUUAGAAGAGACACUUUAGUAGUCACACAAUAAAUCCUCCCUACAAAACAAUAUAUAUUUUACUGUUUAUAUAUACAUUAUCUUCUUGUUGAUUCAGUUUUGUUGUAGGUAUUUGUCGUUUUCUUGACUUUACUUUUUACGAGCCAAGGGACUAUUUUUCACGAAGCUAAAAUCAAAUUUUACAAAAUAUUAAAAGGUAAAAUGAACUAAACA